GCGUAUAUAUAUUAUUAGUCUAAUGUUGUGAUACUCGUUGGGAAAACGCACGUAGAAGAUGAAACGGUCGGAAAAAUAAUGAUUAUUUUCGUCCCCGGAAUCGUAUGCGCCGGCGCUGCUUCCACAAAACGUAUUUCAUUUGAAUAUAAUGUGGGCAUAGGAAAAUCAGCCUUAUGCUGAUCGGCGACACGGUUGAAAAUCGAAUACCAUUUCAGAUGGGGGUACAUCGUCAGCUUCCCGCUGUCAGGUGAGGUCGCCAGCAGUCAUUGGUAUUAUUAAAUUCUUUGCAAGAGGACAUCCAUACAAUACAUAUUCUUCGCUAGUCUAUCUGAAACUCUGUCGCGUUUGAGCAUCAAACUUUUCGGUGUGUAAUCGACAAAAUAUAUUUGCUCAAAAGGAUUUUUUGUGUGUGAAAAUUGUGUCGCUCAAAUAAAGAGAAUAUGAGGUACAAUAUUGAUAAAAAUGUCGGUUUAGUGAUAGUGUUCCUGAAUUAGGAAGAAAGUCUUUCAGUGUAAAAAUUUGAUGGUUGAGCAGGAAAAAAAAUGUGAUAGAGCUUUCUCGGUCACAUUUACGCAUUCGUUUUCUUCGCCACAUUUUUCGUGUGUACGUGAAAAAAGCUACAUCGUUUUUAAGGUUUAGCAAGGAUACGUUGUCUGUGAAAAUCAAUCUAUUCCACAAAUUUUAGUGAGAUGGUGAUUAAAUAUUGUGUGGAAAAAUUUGGAUAAAAAAAAAUUGCGAGUAAAUACCAAAAAGGAAAGUUCUUGCAAGUUGUGGAACGGAGAUGGAUAGUUAUUGUUUUGGCAUUUGUUGAUUCGUUAACUUGUAACGCUGCGCACAUACGUUCCAAAUUAAAUUGUAGGAAAAUAGAAGAUUUCAGAAAAUUAAUAGAAACAUUGAUUGGAAUUAACAGGCCAGUUUGGAACGGAUGCUACAUACUUUGUUAUCAAGAUUCUGCAAAUCAAAAAAAAAAUGAAAUUUAUUUUUCAUUGUGUAAACCAUGCGAAAAAAAUUGAAGCUUAAACGGAAAAGACACGGAAAAACAUGGUAGAUUCGUCAAAUUUCGAACAAACCAUCGUGACCGAAUGAAAACGGAAAAGUUAAUUUUCUUUUAAUUUUAAAUUAUAAUUUCGUCGAAAAAUCAAUUAUGAAAAAUAAAAUCCAGUUACUCUGCAUCGUUGUCAAUGUACUUCAAUUGUUCGUCCCGGUACGGUGUCAACGCCCAUUAAGUGCAAAUAAUGCAUCAUCGUCGUCGUCGUCGUCGUCAUCAUCCGGCACACAAACAAUAUCGACAUUAAAACCACCAUCGUAUCAAGAAAAUUUCCAAGAAAAUUUCGAUUCCGAUUCAACUUCCUUAGCGUCAUCCGGUGUAGCUAUGGAAAAUCCAUUCUAUCCGCUGCAAAAUAAUUCACCAUUUAAACCGAAUCGAGGCCGGAAAAACACAUUUACCGACUUAAGGAAAAAUUUAUCGGCACAGAAAAAGUUGUGGGAACGACAAGGUGACGAUCCGGAACAGAAUGAAAAUAGUAAAAAUCCGUUGUGGGUGCUGAAGCAGAAAUUUAAAGUUGACCGUGCGUUGAUACCACAACAGGAAGGCACACAAAUGGAAGAUGUGCUUGGUGUAAAAUGUAAUUUCGAAAUUGAUUGCGCUUGGACAUGGGAUGAAAAUGUUCUUGAUGGAUUUACUGUGGUUACCGGUGCCAAUUUAACGGAUUCCAAUCGUACGGGUAUUAUGCCUGGACCUGGUGCCGAUCCCAACAAUGACGCAAAUGGUCAUUUUCUUCAUCUUCGCCUGGAACCAUCCACCAAGCAUCGUACAUUUCGAUCUCCAACGUUCAGUGUCACACGGGAAAAUUGCGUCUUAGAAAUGUAUAUUCAUCAAAGUUCUAUGCAAAAUGGUAGCUUGAAAAUCGUCAUUGAGCCCCAAUCAUCGUCAUCAUGGGUGCCAGCAGAGAUCGCGGGUAACGAUUUACGGCAAUGGCAACAGAUGCAUUUCCGUAUCGGUAGGGUGUCACAAGACUUUCAAAUUGUGUUCGAAGUUAUGCCAAGAGGAUUGGUUGGCUCCCAACGAGGACAUGUCAGUAUCGACAAUUUGUCGCUGAAGGGAUGCUUCCCGGAGGGCCCGCGAACGGAUACAUGUAGCAAUGCGUUGGUAAAAUGCCAGAAAAAUAAACGAGAUCAGUGUCUCAAAACGGUGGCGGUAUGUGACAUUGAUGUGGACUGUGACGACAAGGAAGAUGAGCUACUAAAUUGCGAAAAAAUUCCACUGGGUGGCAAAUGUGACUUUGAAAGUGGUUGGUGCGGUUGGCAGAAUUCUGGAAAAGCCAUUAUGUUGUGGGAACGACAUCAUGGUCCAACGCCGACUGAAAAGACCGGGCCCGAAACCGAUCACACGUUUCAAAAUUCAAACAACUCCGGCCAUUAUUUAUAUGUGAACAUGAAUCAGCAUCGGCUGAAACAAGAUGGAACACCGGCUGAUAAAGCAGGGCUGAAUAUAAAUCAACAUGCCAAUGAUGGUGAGAUGAAAAAGUUAGUCGGAUUUGCAAGUAACGCCGUUAUGAACAGUGUGGUUUUCAACCCACCACCUCAAGUUCAUUACAACGCCAGUUCUCCAUACGGAAAUUCGUGCAUGGUUCGAUUUUAUGUACAUCAAUUCGGACCGAAUGCAGGUAGUAUCAAUCUGUCGGUGGUUGAGAUCAAAGAGAAGGAAAACAUAACGACAACAUUGUGGUGGAGUUCUAAAAAUCGUGGUGACGAUUGGAAUCGUGAAAAUUUGAUUAUGCCGAAUAUCACGUCCAAGUAUUUCCUUCAGUUUGAGGCUCGAAUGGGAAUGAGAAUAUAUUCUGAUGUGGCCAUCGAUGAUUUUUCGCUGAGUCCUGAAUGUUUCGGUCUUAAUAUACCGAUCGACCAAUUGGAUGGAUAUAAUUAUUGGGAUCCCAGAUUGCCAACGAACAAACAGACACACAGAGACUUUGUAAAUAAAUCAUUUAUUGAGCUAACGUCUUGUGGAGCCAGAGGAAGAGAUGGUCCUCGAAAUGACGAUUGCAGCGAAAGUUACAAGGAAAAGGAGCUUCAACAGUCGAUUAAAGUGCUCGAAGACUCACCAUUCAAAGGUGUUCAGGUGUGGAAGGUGCCGAGCGAGGAUUAUUACACAGUAAUUGCGAAAGGUGCUGGAGGUGGGCUUGGAAGCGGUGGUGUUGGUUCAUCCCGUGGUGCACUUGCUGUAUCAGUGCUGGAACUGCAUAAAGAUGAAGAAAUAUACUUUCUAGUGGGACAGAAAGGUGAACAUGCUUGCAUCAAGUCAAUGGGAUAUCGUGACAAAGAAUGCGAACCCAGAGACAACGAUUCAUCCGAUCAGCAUAGGAAUUCAAAAACGAAGCAAGUCAAGAAUAUGGUUAUUGAAGAUGGUGCCGGCGGUGGUGGCGGUGCAACUUACGUGUUUGUACUGAAUUCUGUGAAAGAAGUCAUUCCGUUAGUUGUUGCUGCAGGUGGAGGUGGUUUAGGUAUCGGAAGAUAUUUCGAUGAUCACGAUCAGCACGGUCGAAUUUUCGAUGCGAAUGGAAUUGAUGUUAGUGGAGAAAUGAUUGGAGAGAUUAAUAAGACUGGUGGUCCUGGCGGAGGAUGGCGUGCUUCCGAUGAUUAUGCUUUGAAUGUUAACACGGGCGCAUCUUUAUUGGAAGGUAGUAGAGGUGGCAUUCCGUGUUAUCCGGCUAGAGGAAUUCAUGGACAAGGCGGUUUUGGUGGUGGAGGUGGUGGUUGUAACACUGGAGGUGGCGGUGGUGGAUAUGCUGGAGGAGAUACUCGAGCAACGAAAAGUAAUGGUGAAGGAGGAACAUCUUACGUUUGGAUGAAACGCAGUGUCCCGGAAUUGACUUCAGUAGUGGCUGGAGACAAUAGUGGAAAUGGAAUGGUUAUUAUUAUCAGAGCCAUCAACUCACCAGGUUGUGGAUGUGAUUACAGAUGUGUUGUGCUUGAUGAAUUCGGUGCUGAUGUGGCCUGCAUUUGUCCGGAAGGAUCGAGAUUAAAAAAGGAUAAUCUGACGGCUUGUGAAAUAAUAUCACCGUUCGAGGAAUACCCAAUGAACUAUUUGAUGAUAAUUUUUGCCGUUGUUUCAGUGCUGCUAUUCGUCGCAUUAAGCUGGUUGAUCUUCAUUUUAUAUAACCGUUAUCAACGAAAAAGGGAAGCGGUUAAAAGACAUAAAAGACUGUUAGAGCAAGAUCUGCAAUUGAGUCGCCUGAGACAUACCGCCGACGAAUCAGCUCUAACAAAUUUUAAUCCGAAUUAUGGAUGUGAUGGUAUUCUGAAUGGAAAUGUUGACGUGAAAAGUUUACCUCAGGUUGCCAGAGAAAGUCUGAGGCUAGUCAAAGCACUAGGUCAGGGUGCAUUUGGUGAAGUGUAUCAAGGACUAUAUCGUCAUCGCGACGGUGAUGCAGUAGAAAUGCCGGUGGCAGUUAAAACGUUGCCGGAAAUGUCAACGGGUCAAGCUGAGGCCGAUUUUCUAAUGGAAGCAGCCAUCAUGGCCAAAUUCAACCAUCCGAACAUUGUGCACCUUAUAGGUGUUUGUUUUGAUCGACAUCCUAGAUUCAUUGUGUUGGAACUCCUCGCUGGUGGCGAUUUAAAAAACUUUUUGCGUGAAGGACGCAGUAAACCGGGACGACCAUCUCCGUUGACGAUGAAGGAUUUGGUAUUUUGUGCAGUAGACGUAGCAAAAGGAUGUAGAUACAUGGAGAGUAAACGGUUCAUACAUCGUGAUAUAGCAGCUAGAAAUUGCUUGUUGAGUAGUAAAGGACCGGGUAGAGUUGUUAAAAUUGCCGAUUUUGGUAUGGCUAGAGAUAUUUAUAGGUCAGAUUACUAUAGAAAAGGCGGGAAGGCAAUGCUUCCGAUAAAAUGGAUGCCGCCGGAGGCGUUUCUUGAUGGAAUUUUCACUUCGAAAACUGAUGUUUGGUCCUUUGGUGUGUUGCUAUGGGAGGUUUUCAGUUUGGGAUUGAUGCCGUAUACAGGCUUACCGAACAGAGAUGUCAUGCAAUUGGUUACUGGUGGCGGUAGAUUGGAUGCAAGUCCUGGUUGUCCUAAUGCAAUUUAUAGAAUCAUGGCUGACUGUUGGGGUCCAUCGCCAGAAUCAAGGCCAACGUUUUCAAAUUUACUUGAAAGACUAAGCGCGUGUACCCAGGAUCCUGAGGUCAUGAACGCUCCGUUACCGAGCUUUUUCCGACCACCAUCAACCGAACGUGAUCAAACAAUAAUGCGGCCACCAAACGAUGAUUACUGCUUAACAGCUCCCAACUCCUCAGACUAUUUAAUACCUUUGCCUGGUCCACGAACCGCAGCUGAACGAUUACUAUCCGAAGCGACUGGUGUGACACUAUCUGAAUCAGUGACAACAUACUCAGCACCAACCGUAACAUCGCCAUCUGUUCCAAAACCGAUGCAGGACUCGGGCUGCUGGGAAACUUCUUUCAUCAUGCCAAACUCAAAGUCUGAUCAGCACCUACUGUCCCCAGACAAUAGUCACACCUCAUCAGACGAUAAACUAAUCAGUCUUGAUACACCACAACAAACACCAACAACCAUAAAACCUCCGCAUUCGUUUAGCGACAAAGACCCAAUCACUUUAGAUCCAGCUUCGUUACCGAAGCAAGGUAUGUCAUACGCAAAUGUUCGAAUGGCUAGUUCGGCAGCGAAACAAAAUGACGAUAAAAUUAUGGCUAAUGGAUCGGUGCCAGCAGAAAAUUUAAACAAGGCACCAUUUACAAUACAAGGCUUUAAUGACCGUUACAUGGCAAAUGAAAACCAUUCGGAAAUUAGUUGUUAAUAAACUUCAUGUGAUCCAGUGAUAGAAGAUUUAUUGUGCGAAUAUUGUGUGCGACAUGCUCAAAAUGUGUGAUCAUCUUUUUUUGUUUCAAGAACAAUGUAGGCUCACUACCUAGUGAAGAGAAAAGACUUUACGAUGAAACCCCAAGUUUAUUAAAACGUUUUACUAAAACAUUGAUAAAAACUAAAAUAAUUUAGAUUUUCGUUUAAAAGCGGCCCCAUGCUAACCGAUUGAAUCAGUGACAAUACUUAUAAUUGAUUGAAAUUUGAAGAGAACAUCAAUAAUCAAAAUAGGCUUUAACAAUCGCACCAUGAGGCUGCACCUGGUAAGUACAGAAAAUUAAUAAGCACAUCACUGUCAAAAAUAAUAUCAAUUUUAGGACCAGAGUCCUAAUAUUAUUCCGAAUUAUUGCACUAUAAAGAUAUAAUUUACUGAAAAAAAUAUGGCGAAAAGGCUUAAGAGCAACGAUUUCUGAGAUUUCUGGCCAAUAAAAACAUUGAGCAAUAUCGAUACUCGUUUCAUAAUAAUGAAGAAAGAGCAACGAUUACCUAAAAGCUGUGAUUCAAACCCAAGUUUUUGACUGUUGAAACUGUUAAUUGGUAAAAAUGCGAUUUUUUGUUGAAGAUUUAACCGAUUGAGUUUAACCGGUAUCUUUUCAUCAAUCAAAUCCGCUUAUUUUUCGUAGAUCACGAGAACAAGGUCUGCGUUCCAGCUGGGAAUUAAUCAAUGGCUCUUAAUCAGUAUAUUCUCAAAUAUUAUGUCUUGAAUUGAUCAUAUCGGUUAUUAUAAGUGGUCGCCAAUUUUGUGUUCGUUUAAGUCAGAGGUGAAAAAUGCUCUUUUUUUAAAUGAAUAAUGAAUUUUAUACGCUUAAAAAUUUAUUUAAAAAAAAAAUACGAAAAAUAAAUAAUAAUUUAUAAAUAAUUAACAAUCAGAAGAACUCUGACAAAUUAAAUGAAAAUUGUAAGUGUAUUUGGCUUUUGAUUUUGGUUAGGUAUUUGGUUUUGAAUAAGAGGCAUGUUAUGUUAACAAGGCAGCUCGAUUGAGUUCGGUACUAUUUUUUUAACCAUACACUUGAUUUAUUAUUUCAGCUGGUAAUAAACAAACUUUUUUGGACGGUCGUAAAAUUUUUCGAUUGUCAUAUUGAAUCAUUUAAAUAUUCUUGGAAAUUAUGAUGACUUGAAGUUUCUACAGGUAUGCUGAAGUACAUGGCCAAUUUUGAGAAAUUUAGAAAAUAAAAAUUGGCAAUCAUUUCAAUUAUUUAAUUUUAAUUUUGUUUGUCAAUUUGUUCGAAAGCCGUAUCCAUAAUCUGCAGUCAAUUGCACUUUAAUUGAAGAUAAUAUUAUAUUAAAUGGUGAAAUCACUAAAAAAGUAUUUCGUAACGAAAUUAAUGAAAUAAAUUUAAAAUUAAAAAGAAAAAUUAUAUGUGGGAAAGAAUAAUUAAUAAAAUGUUUAAACUAAAAAUGAAAAGAAAAGAUUUGCAACUAUAAAACCAGAAAAGAUACCUACAAAUUGGUUUUAAAUAUGACAUAUACAUAUGAAGAAUCGUUUCAAAAACGUCUCGUUUCGAUAUUUU